AUGUCCACCACCACAGCGCCCGAGCGCAAAAACAUCAUCUACACUAUCCCCGGCUCAACCCUAACACUAGACAUAAUCCUCGAUGAGAGAAAACAUCUAUCGAGAUCCCUAAUCGCAAGCCUCCUUAGCGGCGCGAAUCAUGAAGCCUCUAAACACCCACAAUCGACCACCCUCGAAGGCGUCUUUACAUGGACCACACCAGACGCCGAGGCUGAGCAAGGGAAGAAAGCAGUCUUUGGCAUUGCGGGUGGACCGAUUUUGAAUGAGAUGACGUGGGGUGAUGUUUGUGUUCUCACUCAAGGGUUAAAGGAGUGGUUUGAGCAAGAGCGAGAGGAGGUGGGUUUGUUGUUUUAUGUUAGGGAUGAGGGGAGGGGGGCGCUGGGGGAUGGGUAUUUGGAACCUGUCGUGGAAGCGGUGGUUAUGACUGAGGUCUCUACAGCUCUGUAG